AUGGCAAAAGUGGUAGCGAAAAGAGCAAAAAAUGAUAAGUUAUUUGACGAAGUUGUGAUGGCAGUGGUGUUCCAAACUCUACACUUGAAAAAUAUUCAAGGUCAAAUUGCUGAGAUGCUAGGACUGAAAUUUGCUGAAGAGUAUCCACUUGUAAGAGCAGAACGAUUAAAAAAAAAACUAAUGGAUAGUAAGAGUGUUCUUGUAAUAUUGGAUAAUGUUUGGGAUGCACUUGAUUUAAAGGCCGUAGGAAUUCCUUAUGGCGUCUUAUCCGAAGAAGAAGCGUGGAAUCUUUUCAGAGAGAUGGCAGGUAAUUGUGUCGAUACCACCGGUCUACGUCAAAUAGCAGAAGAGGUUGCAAAGGAAUGUGGAGGCUUACCUGUUGCUAUUGUAACUAUUGGAAGAGCUCUAGAAAACAAAGGAAAUGAUGAGUGGAUUGCUGCACUUCAAUAG